CGACGCCCGGAGGGUUCCGGCUCCCGGCAGGCCCCGCGCGGGAGGCCGGCGGUUGCCAUGGCAGCGCGGGCGGCGCGCGGCGCGAUGGAGACCUUCCAGCCCCGCUACUUCACCGCGCGGGAGGUGUCUGCGCACGCGCGGCCCGGGGACCUGUGGGUGUCCUACCUGGGCCGCGUGUGUGACCUGAGCCCGCUGGUCCGGCAGCACGAGGGGGACGUCUUGCUGAGGCCCAUCUUGGAAGCCGCCGGAAAGGACAUUAGCCACUGGUUCAACCCCAAGACCAGAGACAUCCAGACCCAUGUGGACCCGCUGACGGGCUGCAUCAAGUACUACACCCCCCAGGGCCGCUUCAUCCACAUCCCACCCCAGCUGCCCCGCUCCGACUGGGCAAACGACUUCGGGCUGCCCUGGUGGAAGGACAGCAAGUAUGAGGUGGGGAUCCUGGCUUCCAAAACCCGGCACAUCCGCAUCAUCAACACCCUGACCUUGCAGGAGCAUGUGCUGGAGGUGUGCGCGGAGGAGUCCAUGUGGGAAAUCCUGCGGCGCUACCUGCCCCACAACGCCCACGCCGCCAGCUACACCUGGAAGUACAAGGGCGUCAACCUGGACAUGGACAAGACGCUGGAGCAGAACAAGAUCCCGGACGAGGACGCGGAGUUCUACCGGCUCAACUUGGACGCCGACCUGUACACGCCGGGCAUCUUGCUGUACUUCAACGACGACCUCACCGAGUUCUAGGCGCCGGGCUGUGUAGUGCCACACUCUUCCAAGGAUCAGCCCCCGUUCGGGAGCUGAAACGGUUGCUCCCAUUCCAUGUCGGACGCAGGGUUCCUGUUUGUGGUGCUGGUACCAUGGGACUGUUUUGUACCAACUUAUCAUGUUCAUAACGGAAAUAAAAUCUUCACUACGAUA